UGCAGGCUGUUAAUGGAGAAGAGGGCGGAUGACAGCCGGGACCGUGGUCAUCACAGGUGGAAUAUUAGCGACUGUCAUUUUGCUUUGUAUCAUCGCCGUCCUCUGCUACUGUAGGCUCCAGUACUACUGCUGCAAGAAGGAUGAAUCCGAGGAGGAUGAGGAGGAGCCCGACUUCGCCGUGCAUUCCCACAUCCCGCCGCUCCACUGCAACCGCAACGUAGUGCUGACCAACGGCCCGUCCCUCUACGCGUCGUCACCCUUCGGCAAGAAGCCGGCACCCAGCCGACCCGGCUGCCCCAGCUGCGCGCCGUACGAGCCCCCGACCUUCUUCCUCCAGGAGCCCCCCGAGGAGCUGCACAACGGGGGGGACAGGGUGAGCUACAAGACGGUCAGCCAGGAAGAUCUCGACCUGCCGGUGAGUGUGGCCAACCUGCAGGCGCUCAACCCCAACCGGCUCCCGGCCAUGAAACAGGCACAACCCAUCCGGUUUAGGAUAGCUGGUGGGUACACAGCCUGUCCCUGCCCCCCGAGCCCCCAGAGCAUCCCCUGA